AUGAAACCCAUCUUCUUCUACUUGAUUCUGAUUCUAGCUUCGAGCUUACUCCUCUUCACGGCGACGGCCAAAUCCACAAUCGAGCCUUGCUCAAGCAACGACACUUGCAACUCCUUGCUCGGCUACACGCUCUACACCGACCUCAAGGUCUCAGAAGUCGCAUCGCUCUUCCAAGUAGACCCAAUCUCAGUCCUCCUCGCUAACGCCAUCGACAUCUCUUACCCAGACGUCGAGAACCACAUCCUCCCCUCCAAGCUCUUCCUCAAAAUCCCAAUCACUUGCUCCUGCGUCGACGGGAUCAGGAAAUCCGUCUCCACCCACUACAAAACCCGACCUUCCGACACGCUGGGAUCCAUCGCCGACUCUGUUUACGGCGGUUUGGUCUCCGCCGAGCAGAUCCAGGAGGCUAACUCGGUUAACGACCCGUCGAUUCUCGAUGUUGGGACGAGUCUUGUUGUCCCGCUGCCUUGUGCGUGUUUCAACGGCACCGACAAUUCUUUGCCGGCGGUUUAUCUGUCAUACGUGGUGAGGGAGGUCGACACCUUGGCCGGAAUCGCGAGGAGGUACUCGACCACUAUUACCGAUUUGAUGAAUGUGAAUGCCAUGGGAGCUCCUGAUGUCAGCUCCGGCGAUAUCCUCGCCGUUCCUUUGUCAGCUUGUGCUUCAAAUUUCCCCAAAUAUGCUUCGGAUUUCGGAUUGAUCGUCCCAAACGGUAGCUACGCUCUAGCUGCAGGCCACUGCGUGCAAUGCAGCUGUGCGCUUGGGAGCCGCAGUUUGUAUUGUGAGCCUGCUUCUUUAGCCGUCUCUUGCUCAAGUAUGCAGUGUAGAAACAGCAACCUCAUGCUCGGUAACAUCACGGUGCAGCAGAGUAGCGCUGGCUGUAACGUUACAACCUGUGAUUACAAUGGUUUCGCCAACGGCACUAUCUUGACCAUGCUCUCUAAAUCUCUACAACCACGAUGUCCCGGACCUCAACAAUUUGCGCCGCUUCUAGCUCCACCGGAUACUGUUCCCAAGGAUAUAAUGUAUGCACCAGCGCCUUCGCCGGAGUUUGAUGGUCCCGGAUCCAUAGCAGCUUCGCCGAGAUCAUCUGUGCUUCCUUCGGGCGGUGGUUCCUUCCCAGGUAACCCUGCUAAUGGUCCAGCCGGAAGCAUUUCAACCGCUGCUGCUUACUCCGUUAGCUACUUCUUUAUCACAUUUCUCAUCUUGCUUUCUUCAGUCUCCUUUGUUAUCUCAUCUUGA